UGAAAGUCUUUGAACUAGUCGUAUGACAUUUAGUAUGAACUAAUGUCAUUUGAAAACUGUUAACGAAAUGUCUGCGCUUGCCGCAUAAUACUUUUAUUUCAGUUUUUUUCUUUCCUUUGCAACUAAAAAAUUGCGCCUAUUGGCUGCUGCAGCUUUUUGCCAUUCACCAAGUACAGUUUAUGGAACUGGAACACACGGGAAUACUACUCUGUACUUUUGUCCUUGGCCCUGAAGGCUGCCGCUCUACCGUACUUUCAGUUUCCGCACCGUUCAAGCAAGAUACGUUUAUGGGAUCCAUAACGUUCCGUGUUGUCCAGUCUCAACACGUUUGAAAAAGUAAAUGGUGUCGUGAUAACCGGCAGAAUUCCCACUGCGACCAGAGCACCAGCAACUCUGUCCAUGUGCAUCAAAGGCUGCUCGGCUAAGGUGUCCUGCAAAAGCGUCACCUUUUUUGUUUCUAAUUUGACAUGCAUGGAAUUUGACAUUCAGACGGAUGACGGAAAAGUUAUGUUAUUACCCAACGCUUACUCUAUCAACAAAAUCAGCAUGGGCACAUCGAACAUCUUUCCCGCUUGCUCAAACCGGUUGUGGGCCAUCGAACGAUAUGUGCACAAGACUAUACCAACUGAGACAGUAACGCAGGAUAACAACCUCAUAAAAAAGGAUGGCGUUUCCGGUCGUUUGCGUUGUACGGAAUUGUGCCUACAGGAAACUUCGUUCUUGUGCCGAGCCUUCCAAUACAACUAUUCCAAUAAACAAUGCCUUUUGUUGUCUGGUGGUCGAAGAGUGGAGAAACAACGUUAUUUGCUACCUGAUGCAAAUGCUGAUUACGUAGAAAACUUGUGUCUUUCAGCUCCACAGCGCUGUCCUUCUGCCACAUCGUUUGAACGCUAUAGUGAUGUUGUCUUUCCGCCUUUUUAUUUCGACAAAACAUUGACUGCGGCCUCCGCUCAGAUAUGUGGACAGUUGUGUUUAUCGGAAGCGGAAUUUUUAUGUCGCUCUUUCCUGUAUGAUCCUUCUCAUCAACAGUGCGCUUUGAGCCAUAGCGACCGGUUAUCAUUAGACAACGGAAUUAUGAAUACAUUGCCUCGGAUAUAUGCUACGGUACUCGGGCGACCUUUGACGGAUUUCUAUGAAGUUACUUGCAUUUCAGACGCGGGAUGCUCUGGAUUUGCGGCCUUCUCGCGUUACAGCAGUUUUGAACUGUUGCCAAAAAAUUCUGGCAUAGUAACUGCAUCCUCUUUAAAGCAGUGCGAAGAUUAUUGUUUAUUAAGUGAAACUUUACCGUGUAAGUUUUUGGAAUAUCAUGCCGACAACAAAUCGUGCGCCAUCAGCUCUGUCCGCAAGCAGAGCGCCACACCGCGCACUUCCGUUGGCGAAGGGGAUUUUCUGGAAAAUACAUGCACUAAAGAUACCUCUGUGGUGAAAAACGUACCACAGACUACCACCGCUGGUACGAGUACGUCCAUCACAUCGAGUUCCGUUACCAUUGGCAGUUAUGCCGCAACAACAGCAUCGCGUAUAACUGCCGUUCCCACUUCUUUUUUACCGACGACCGCACCCUCUACUCAAAUCAGUCGACAAAAUUCAUCGCAAGGCAUCGCAACCACUGUAGCAAUUUCCACCACGCUUAAUAGUACUAAUGCCGCAACCAAUGCGAGUCUCCUGGCUUCGUCGGCGAGCUUGGUUUCUUCUACUGCAACGCCCACCAGCGUUGAGUCCACCGCGAAAUUCGGCGAUGUGGUUCUAGUGACCCCAUCUGCUCCCCUGGGUAAUCUGGUGACAACGAAUUUUGCGGAAGCGUCUCCACAAAUUGGAGUGGCAUGCCGAUUCAGCACAACCAACGGAAAAAUCGCCAAUGAAUUCAUUAACAAAACCAUGGAAAAUACUGCAUUCAAUCAAUGUCAGAUUUACUGCGAAUCCCAUUCCGACUGUCUGUCCUUCAGUCACAGUGAGGCAUCACAGACCUGCUUGGUUAGCUCGUCCAGUUAUGCCGCUCAGCGAGGCAUGCUGGAAUUUAUCGCAAAUUCCGAUUUUCAGUUUUACGAAAAAGGAACCGCCUGUACAGAUAUUCGCUUUGAGUGCACGGAUAGCGACAUCAUUAUAAAGGUCAACUUGGACAAGCCAUUUCGCGGACGCAUUUUUGUGGAUGGUGUAUCGGGUACCACGCAGUGCAGCAGUCGCUUUCCAAACCAGAAAAGCUUCACCUGGGCGCUUCCCUUAUCCGCUCAGCCUUGUAGUACGGUGUACGAAGGGGAUGGACUUUUCUCCAAUCUGAUAACACUGCAGUACCACGAUCAGCUGGUGACAAAAAAUGACCGGAAGUACCGGAUUAACUGCAAAUACGAUAUCGGCGUUAUAAAUGUCACCUCCGAUACAUUGACAGUGUCAUCGACCGAACUGACCAGUAUGGUCACCGCCAGCCCGGUGCCACCCACUCUCAACAUCGCCAUAACCGACCUCCAAGGGAAUGCGGUGGAAACGGCAACCGUUGGAGACACACUGCUGAUGACCAUUUACGUGCCGGAUAAUAGUACUUACGGGAUUGGAGUUAAGAAUUGCUAUGCGGCUGGGGAAAACCCGAACGAGAGAAUGCAGCUGACAGAUGAUACUGGAUGUCCAGUCUUACCGGAAUACUUUCGUCCGUUUGUUCUUAAGGGAAAAAGCCUGCAAGCCGACUUCGACGCUUUUAGAUUCCAAAAUUCGUUUGAUAUAACAUAUCAGUGCACCGUGCAAUAUUGUGUGGACGUUUGCCCUCAGCCAACAUGUAACGGAUCCGCAAGUAAUGUGACAGGCAUGCAAAUAAAAGCGGCAAAGCGUGCAAAGCGGUUAGCGUCCACUUGGGAAGAUGAAAUAUAUAUUGGAACAUUCAAUAUUCGCAAAAUUUUAAAGGUUCAAGAUAUGCCUGUUCGCGCAGAGUUUUCUGUAGAAGACGGAAAGACUACCGCCAAUGUUUGCAUGGCAACAUCUAUAGGCAUUGUUUUAAUUAUAAUCGCCUGCGUUUUACUGGUGUUUGAUGCGAUAAUAUUAGUUGUGGUGGUGUACCUAAAACGAAAAUGUGCGCGUUCGAAGAAUUCUUCAAUAGUAAUCUCUCCUGAUAAUUCUUGAUU